GGUCAUUAUCUACCAACUUGACGUUCUUCCUUCCAUUCUCCGCUUCUCUCCACCACCACCACCACCACACUCUCCCCUCUCCCAUUCCACCACCACGAUGCAGAAGUUCUCGCGCCUCGGUCGUGUCGGCCAGGGCCUCAUGGGCUCGCGUUCGCUGGCAACCGUCAGCGACGCUCCGCUCUCUAGGAAGGUCGAAAUGACCAACUGGGAGAAGGGCCACUACAUCAACUACAAGAAGAUGAACGAGAACCUCAACAUCGUGCGCGGCCGCCUCAAUCGCCCCCUGACCUACGCCGAGAAGAUCCUCUACUCGCAUCUUGACGACCCGCAUGGCCAGGAGAUCGAGCGUGGCUCCAGCUACCUCAAGCUUCGCCCCGACCGCGUUGCCUGCCAGGAUGCCACUGCCCAGAUGGCCAUUCUGCAGUUCAUGUCCGCCGGCAUGGACUCGGUCGCUACGCCUACCACCGUCCACUGUGACCAUUUGAUUGAGGCCCAGGUUGGCGGCGUGAAGGAUCUGGCUCGUGCCGUCGACAUCAACAAAGAGGUCUACGACUUCCUGUCCACCUCGUGCGCCAAAUACAACAUUGGUUUCUGGAGGCCCGGCUCUGGUAUCAUCCACCAGAUCAUUCUCGAGAACUAUGCCUUCCCCGGUGCUCUCAUGAUCGGAACCGACUCCCACACUCCCAAUGCCGGAGGUCUCGGCAUGGCUGCCAUUGGUGUUGGUGGAGCUGAUGCCGUUGACGUCAUGGCCGACCUUCCUUGGGAAUUGAAGGCUCCCAAGGUCAUUGGUGUGAAGCUGACUGGUGAGAUGUCGGGCUGGACUUCUGCUAAGGAUAUCAUCCUCAAGGUCGCUGGUAUCCUCACCGUCAAGGGUGGAACCGGUGCCAUUGUCGAAUAUCACGGCCCCGGCACCAACACCCUCUCCUGCACGGGUAUGGGAACCAUCUGCAACAUGGGUGCUGAAAUUGGUGCCACAACCUCUCUCUUCCCCUUCAACGACCGCAUGUACGACUACCUAGCUGCCACCAAGCGUACCGAAAUUGGUGACUUCGCCCGCGAAUACGCUGCUGAACUCCGUGAGGACGAGGGUGCCGAAUACGACCAACUGAUCGAGCUCAACCUGUCCGAGCUCGAACCCUACAUCAACGGUCCUUUCACCCCCGAUCUUGCCACUCCCAUCAGCAAAUGGAAGGAGGCUGUCAAGACCAACAAGUGGCCGGAAGAGCUCAAGGUUGGCUUGAUCGGUUCAUGCACCAACUCGUCGUACGAGGACAUGUCCCGUGCUGCCAACAUUGCUGAGGAUGCCAUGUCCCAUGGUGUCAAGGCCAAUUCUCUGUUCACUGUCACCCCUGGUUCCGAGCAGAUUCGCGCUACCAUCGAGCGUGAUGGACAACUAAAGACCUUUGAGGAGUUUGGCGGCAUGGUUCUCGCCAACGCUUGUGGUCCUUGCAUUGGCCAGUGGGACCGUAAGGAUGUCAAGAAGGGCGAGCCCAACUCCAUCAUCUCCUCCUACAACCGCAACUUCACUGGCCGUAACGACGCUAACCCCGCCACCCACGCUUUCGUCACCUCCCCUGAUCUCGUCGUCGCCAUGACCAUCGCCGGUACUCUAAACUUCAACCCCUUAACCGAUACCCUCAAGGACAAGGAUGGCAACGAGUUCAAGCUCAAGCCUCCCCAUGGUGAUGGUCUUCCCCGCAACGGCUACGACCCAGGCCAGGAUACCUACCAGGCGCCUCCGGCCGACCGCUCCAAGGUCUCCGUCGCUGUCUCCCCCACGUCUGACCGUCUUCAAAUUCUCGAGCCGUUCAAGCCAUGGGAUGGAAAGGACGCUCUUGAUGUCCCGAUUCUUAUCAAGGCUCAAGGCAAGACUACGACUGAUCACAUUUCCAUGGCUGGCCCCUGGUUGAAGUACCGUGGCCAUCUCGACAACAUCUCCAACAACAUGUUGAUCGGUGCUAUCAACGCCGAGAACGGCGAGGCGAACAAGGUCAAGAACUUCAAGACUAAGGAAUACGAUGCUGUCCCGGCUACUGCACGUGACUACAAGAAGAACGGCAUCCCAUGGGUUGUCAUCGGUGACUGGAACUACGGAGAGGGUUCGUCCCGUGAACAUGCCGCGUUGGAGCCCAGACAUCUUGGCGGACUUGCCAUCAUUACCCGAUCAUUCGCCCGUAUCCAUGAGACCAACUUGAAGAAGCAGGGUAUGCUCCCUCUAGUCUUCGCCGACCCGGCCGACUAUGACAAGAUCCAGCCCGAGGACAAGGUCGAUCUAUUGAUCACUGAGCUCGCCGUUGGCAAGCCAAUGACCCUCAGGGUCCACCCCCACGAUGGAAGCAGCACCUACGACGUUAAGCUAGUGCACACCUUCAACGAGGGCCAGAUUGAGUGGUUCAAGAACGGAAGCGCACUGAACACGAUGGCCAAGAAGGCGGCGGAGAAGAAGGCGUAAAUGAUGAACAUGCAGUCUUUGUUUGCGAUAUCAAAGCAGCGAGAGGGCAUGAUGGGACGGCCUGGGAGGUCAUCCCUAAGCCCCGAUCAUUCAGCGGAGGAGUGGACGAUUGUGGAUGAUGAUAUAAGAUGAGAGCUCGCAAGCGAAUGACUGUCGAAGCGAUGCAUGCGAUGAUGAAACUUGAUGGCCGUCAACUACUGCAAAUGUAUUCUUUCUGCGUGCCUGCGUAGUGUGGAUGGGAUGGUGUUAUAGAAGCCUCUCUAUCUGUAUGUAGCUCUUUGGUAACAAGUUUUAUGGGUUUUCCUUCCGAUGGUUUUGUUCUGCAUAUGGCGCAUACUUUAUGAUUGCUUCGUUAUACAGCGGCCAUGUUAGCGUACCUGAGUG